UUGCCCCGUGGCGUUGUGUUCCCACAUUUAUUAUGCUCGGUAUUCUAUUGAACAGUUGCACGAAGAAGCGGUUACCGACAGCCACAUACAAUCACAACCGCCGAGAUGUGGUGUUUCUCUAAACGGAGGAAUAUUGUGCAAGCAGGAUGACAGUUUGUCAACGGUAUAUGCACACAUCUCUGAGGAAUCUGAGCAUGAUCGAUGUGCUGUAGUGUGAGAGGAGCAAGAUUACAAGAGAAAUGUGACACUAGCAUACUUCCUCCGCUUUGCUUGGGAAUGGAUUAAUGUGAAAGUGGCUGGUAAAGAGCACCCUGCCUCUCAGAUAUGCCCAGACGGGGGCUUCCUCUGCAGGGGCGGGCGCGCUGGCUUCUACUAGGAAUAUUUUUGAUCCUGGUGCUGCUGCUCUUUGCUUACCUCCUGGAGUGCACACCGCCUGCGGAUGUGAGUCAGGUGCUGCCUGGCCUGGGAGGAGAUCCUUAUGGGAAGGAGUAUUACCAGGCCCUCCUGCAGGAGCAGGAAGAGCGACAUCUCAGCCGAGCGGCCAGCCUCAAGAGGCAGAUUGCGCAGCUCAAACAAGAACUCCAAGAGAUGAGCGAGAAACUGAGGGUACUUCAAAAAAAAAAGGAGGGCCCCGGGCCACAGAGCCUGAUCGAUGGAAGAGAUCAAGAGCCGAGUGACCUCUUGGAGUACCUGCACUCACAAAUCGAAAAGGCCGAGGUGAAUACGGGAGCGAGGCUACCGAGCGAGUACGCGCUUGUGCCCUUUGAGAGCUUCACCUCCACGAAGGUGUACCAGCUGGAGAUGGGCCUGACACGCCAUCCCGAGGAGAAGCCUGUGCGGAAGGACCGGAGGGAUGAGUUGGUGGAGGUGAUAGAAGCGGGUUUGGAAAUUAUUAAUAACCCGGAAGACGAUGACGGACAGGAGGACAACAUCCCCAUGCAGCGGCAGAUGUUCACCGAAAGCCAUUUUUUUGAGGGACUCUACAGGACCGAGAGGGACAAAGGCACACUGUAUGAGCUCUACUUCGCUAAAGAGAAUUCCCACGAGUACCGUCACGUCACCCUCUUUCGUCCAUUUGGGCCUCUCAUGAAAGUGAGGAGCAUGUCUGUAGACGCCGCCAGCACCAUCAUUAACAUCAUAGUGCCGUUGUCAGGCCGCACUGAAGUCUUUGUUCAGUUUUUGCACAACUUCAGGGAGGUUUGUGUACAGCAGGACAAGCGAGUGCAUCUCACAGUGGUGUAUUUUGGUCAGACGGGCUUGCAGGAGGUGAAGGCGUCUCUGAGGAAAAUGUCCAGUGAGGAGAACUUCAGUAACUACACUCUGAUCCCUGUGGAUGAGGAGUUUUCGCGUGGCCGUGGUCUGGACAUUGGAGCUCACGCGUGGGAGAAAGGGGGUGACGUGUUGAUGUUCUUCUGUGACGUUGACAUCUACUUCACACUGGAAUUUCUUAGUACCUGUCGUCUCAAUACAGCUCCAGGAAAACGAGUUUUCUAUCCGGUGGUUUUCAGUUUGUACAAUCCCGCUAUAGUUUAUGGAAAUCUUGAUUUUCCACCCCCAAUUGAGAGUCAGCUGAUUCAUAAAAAAGAUGCUGGAUUCUGGAGGGAUUUUGGAUUUGGCAUGACUUGUCAGUAUCGCUCUGACUUCCUUAGCAUUGGAGGAUUUGAUCUGGAAGUGAAAGGCUGGGGUGUAGAAGAUGUGCACUUGUACAGGAAGUACCUACGGAGUGAACAGAUUGUGAUCCGGACCCCUGUGUCGGGCCUCUUCCACCUCUGGCACGAGAAGCUGUGCGCAGACGAGCUGACCCCGGAACAGUACCGCAUGUGCAUCCAGUCCAAAGCCAUGAAUGAGGCGUCACACUCUCAUCUGGGCAUGCUUGUGUUCCGGGAGGAGAUUGAGACUCACCUUCGAAAGCAGGCCUACAAAACUCAGAGCAAACCAGCCGAAUGAAUCAACAAUGCAGCAAUGAGCACAACUUUGUUGAUAACAGCAAUGAAGGAAUGGGUCAAAAUGUUUAUUUUUUUUUGUAUUAUUUGAACUGAAGUCAAAUCAAAAUAAUUAU